CAAGGCAAAUUUCACAUCAAAACCAGGCUUUUGAUCAGUUCUAUUAGUCAACUGGAGACCCGCACAACGUUAACCUGAUAAAACAACAUUUUUAUCAUUUGAGACCACCAAACUGGAGAAAUUGUGGAGAAAUUUUGUGUUGGAUAAAUUAAUAUCGUAAAAGUAUUUAUAUAUAUAGUGUGGUUUUACGGGAUUAAUCUUUUAAACCAUGGAUGAAUUAUUACUGAAUUUGGUCAUUUCUCUCUGUCUCAUCUGUCCAAUUUCUGCUGUAAACAAAACUCUGUCUGUUGGGAUAACAAAACGAUGUCCAGCAGCUUUCCUCAAUGUAGACCAUUACGAGAACCUGUACCUCGACUCACUGCCUGUAGAUAAUGCCAAUUUUCAGAUGAAUGGACGUCAUGAAGAAUGUCGUGUUUCUAUUAUGACUGGACUGUUAGGGCAUGGUCUAUGUCUAUCUGUAUUACAUAUGAACAUAUCCUGUGAUGUGGAAAUAUUCUUUUCAACCAACCAGUAUGAACCAGACAAGAAAUUCCGAUGUGGUCGGGAUAUAACAUCAGAGUGGUGUACGGAAGAAAGAGUAAUGACAAUAACUGUAAAAGCACGACAUCCCCAAAGAAAUGCCUUGCCGUCUACAGGACCUAAAUUUAAUUUCCUGAUCAAAGCUGAAUCAGUCCCCUUACAUCAUAUUAGGAAAGUAUCCUACCUGUACAUGGAUUCCGAACUUUCUUGUGGAGUUCAACAUAGCCUCGAUCAAGGUGAAAGCAUUCGUUUGCUGUCACACCGUCGACCACAUGUUAAUAAAGAGAUGCCAGAAAUGUGUGACAUCACUGUAAUAACGACAGCUGUGGGAGAAUAUGAACAAGUUUGUUUCAAAUUUGAUAAAUUUAUAUCUGAAGAUGAUUGUGAGACAGAAAUAACCGCUACUGAUUUAAUGGUACCAUACUGGAAUCAAAAUGAGACAUUCAACUGUAUGACACAGAUAAAUGAGAAGAUGGAAUUCUGUUCUUUCGAUAAACAGCUUACCAUACAGCUCACCCGUAAAUCAGCUACGAAUGCCGACUUUGCUAUUACAGUGCAGAGUAAAAGACAGCCGUAUUGGGAAAGAGAAGAACAGGUUAAGAGUGAGCUGGUCGGAUUAUCUAUUGUACGUGGAUUAAUCGUCAUCGUAUCUGUAGUGAAUACUGUUGUUGCACUUUCUAUGGCAUUGGUUUCUUUUCUUCAUCGCAAUCCUAUCAGAUCCAUACGUCAAUGGGACAUACAUAGUAUUCUGUACAUCCCUAGCAGGAGUGCCGUUCUAACUAUUCCAAACACCUAUGAAGGUGCAACACCCCCUGAGAAGGUGGACACUGAGCAAAAUGUAAUAUAAUGUGUUUUGUAAUGUUAACGUUCAAAGCAAGGGAUGUCUUUUAAUCGGGUUAGAAAUCGUGAUAUUUUAAUGGGCAGUUCUAGCUGUAAAUCAUUUAUAAAGAAAUUAGACGGCUAUCGCUUAUAAUUCCUUCUGCAUGCCAUUUGUGUGAAAGAAUAGCCCUCGUCAGACCUUGAUUGUUGCGUGGUUCUAUAAUCGCAUUUCGCUUCAAUUCGACAUAACGAGUUUUAAAGUAUCUGAUCAUCAUUUGAGAGAUAUUUAAUUAAAUAUUAAAUAGGCAUUUUAGCGAGGUUUAGAGUCAGAUAUUGUCCGAAAAAAUGCACAUGACGAUCAGUAUAGAUAGUGUUGCAGCGGCUUUCUCCCACGUGGUAUAGCAGACCUCGCUUAUUUUGAGGUUUUAAAAUUAAAUAUUGAACGCCACUCACUCGGCAUAUCUUUGAUUACGUAUGCGUAACAUAUACAUGUAGUUAGUAUUUCCUGUGUGUAUUAAUUUACUCUUGUUGGUAUCCUCGGUUAAUUCCAACGUAACAAAAUUCGAUUUGAUAAAUGUAUAUAACAAUAGGCUCAUUAUGGCGGUACAUCUGUGUGAUUGAAAGGUCUCAGAAAGAGAAGUAAUUAUCUUGUUUGUAUAGUAUUUUAUUAAGAGUUAUUGAGACUUUUACGCUAGUUACAAUUAAAUUUCUAAUAUAAAUGAAAUUCAAUAAAGGGGUGUUUAACAUUCUACUUUUCUGUAUCAACUGGGCUAAUGAAGACGGACAUACACCAAGCAGUGUGCUAUAUGAGAGAAAUUAAGCCCGGACAGCCGAAUUCUAACUGUCAGGGGUUCUUUUACGUGUAUACGGGACCUCGGGUUUUCGUGCCAUCCGAACAACUAGACAGUAUCCUUGCCAGGUCAUCCGUCCCCAACCGUUGACAAGGGGAAUCUAGAGACAUCCUGGUUAGCAAGUCAGGGUAUUACUCACUGAAUCACCGCGGUUCCAAGUCACUAAUUGCUUCCAUAGGGGAAUAAAUAUAUGCUAUUUAAAACUGUCCAAGUUGUGUAUAAGGCACACAAAGGAAUGUGACACCGUUACCUGAUUUGUAUAAUUAACCAUGAAUAUGUGUCUAUCAAUAUUCAUAAUAACACUACUUCUAUCAAUAUAUAUUAUACGUAGUGCAAAUUAUUUUGCAGCUGGGACUCACGCACCCAGACUGUUUUUAUCAGGAGGUACUGUAUGCCGGUUGAGAAUUUGCGGCCAGGGAAAUGUUCAAACAAGAAUGUUAAAAUCAGUGACUGUGUAGGUUAAGAUUGUGUGAUCGGAAUUUAAGUGUGGAUACAAACUAAAGAAGAAUUAAAUGCAUAUUGUUUAUUUGUAUAUCUGUGAUCUUUAUAUUAUGUCAAAGAUUUAUAGUUGCCUGUUGUCACACUUUCAUUGUGAACUUUGUGUUAAUAAAAUAAAUAAUGAAAAUGUUA